AUGCCCGGAAUCAUAUCGCCCUUGAGUGCCUCAGGUACCGGCACUGUUGCAGGAAUGAAGCGACCGUACGAGGAGGUGUCGGUGCCGACGUAUGGCGAACCGCACCCGAAGAAGCGCAAGGUUAUACAUCACCUUCGCCACACGCAGCCCGUCUCGCACUAUGUCGAACCGCUCGGCGGAGGGUUUGGCGCAGCAGAUGACGAAGAGUUUGUCCAUGCGCACCUGCAGCGCGCGAUCGCAAUACAAUGCAAAGGAGUCGGCUUCGACGGUGCAAAGCCAGAGGCCGUAGAGGCAAUGGCCGCUAGGGUACACGACUACAUGUCGAACUUCACCGACAACAUUCGCAAGUCCAUGUCCAGCGCCAGACGUACCGUACCGCUACCUCAUGACUUUGUCUACGCCCUCAACUCCGUAGGUCUCACUGGAUCGGGAGUUCUUGAACCACAUCUCGACACCGGCGACUUGCCAGCCUCCUUAUUACAACCAGCUUUUGCGCCUCCAGAACCCGCAGAGCCCCCACCACCAGACCUAGAGGGCAUGCUCGGCCCUGAGCUAUCCGGAAGAGCAGACAAGGAAAGCAGAAAAUACAUACCGGCACACUUCCCCGCAUUUCCGCCGAAACACACAUGGAUGGCAACGCCCGUUUACGCCAAGCGCGAAGUUGACCCGCAUACGAUACGCGAAAGAGCCGCAAAGGAGGGUGUUGAGGCAGAGAAGAGCUUGCGACGGCUUAUGGAGAAGAAGAAGGAAGGAGAUCGGAAAAAGAACGCCUCACGUGUGCAACCCCAACGAAGCCAGGUUGCAAUAAAGCGCGAAGAAUUGUGGAGAACAUGCUUGAGAGAAGCAUUGGAGGAAGAGGAAGAAGACGAGACCCACAAGCUACGCGAAGCGCAACGGAGAGACGCGCAAGGUUAUGCGAGCGAGCUCGACAUUCAACUUAUUGAAGAGGCCAAUAAAGCGGCUAAAGAACUUCGCCAAGCCGAGCAGGACGAAGACAAAACAGCCACAGAAGAGGCUAAAAAGGCUGGAGAAACAUACACGCCUCCAACUUCGGAAGAACGUAGGGAGAAACGCAUGCAGCAGCGUAUGGAGCAGCGCGUGACCGUGAAUUAUGGCCGCCAAUUUUGGAGAAAGAAUAAGAGGGAUCAUUGA